GGCACUGCACCCUCCGGCACCGCACCGCUCCCCCGGUGCCCGCAGCACCGCGCCCGCCGGGACCAUGAUGUCGUGUGCCGAGCUGCUGGCCGUGUGCCUGCUCUCAGCAGAUCGCGGCCCCAAGCCCCACCGCCAGCCUCUGCCCAUCUUCCACGACAUUUUCCGGCGAGCCGACAAGAACGAUGAUGGGAAGCUGUCAUUUGAGGAGUUCAAGAACUAUUUCUCGGAUGGCAUCCUGAGCUCGGAGGAGCUGUGGGAGUUGUUCAGUGGCAUUGACAGGCGUCACUCAGACAACGUGGACACGGAGAAGUUGUGUGAUUAUUUCUCUGCAUACCUCGGGGAAUACAGGAAUGUGCUCUCUGCCCUGGAAACCCUCAAUGCUGCAGUGCUGGCAGCCAUGGACAAAACCAAGCUGAGGUACGAGACUGCCUCGAAGAUGGAGCAGUUCCUGACCCGGUUCCUGCUGCGGGAAACCAUGCACCAGCUGCAGUCCCUGCAGGCGUCCCUGGAGUGCGCCGUGGACACGGUGGAGGAGCAGGCGGGACGGGACAGAAAGGAGAUCAAGAAAUCCGAGACUUCUGUUGGCCUGAGGUCAGGGAGGCGGUGUGGGCGCAGGGGACAGAAGAACGUGUGCCUGUCCCCAACAGACCCCUACUCUGGGAUGCUGACAACAGGUGUUUGUGUCGAGGACAACAGCCAGUGGAUGGCUCAGAUCAACAGGCUCCAGCAGCUCAUCGAGAAGCUGGAGUGCAAGAGCCCACGCCUGGAGCCGCUGAAGGAGGAAACCAUGUGCAAGGGACAGGAUGCACACAUCCUGGUGGCCAAGAGGCAGAUCUCGGUGGCCACGAGCAGCAUCGAGGAGUUCCGGCGGGCGUUCCGCUCCUACACCGAGGGCACGGCCGGGCACAGCAGCUGCCUGCAUGUCUCUGCCUGCAAGCUGACAGACGAGGCGUGCUUCAUCCUGUACGAGUUCUGGCAGGACGUGACCUCGUGGAGAAGCCACUUGCAGUCCAGCUGCAGCAAGACUUUCCAGCAGUCCAUCCUCAGCUUGCUGGAGUCCCCGGAGCUGCUGACCACCAUGCUCUUCCCAGCUUCCUGGUGGAUCAUGAACAACAACUGACACGAGGCAGUGUCUCCAGGACACCAUCAGCAUGCGGGAGGACGUGGAGCCCUGGGCACAGCAUCACCUUUGUCACCUCCCUGUC